CCCUGAUCUGAAGGAGCGCAAGGACGAUGCGAAAGGGAUGGAGGACGAAGGCCAGACCAAGAUCAAGCAGAGGCGAAGUCGGACCAAUUUCACCCUGGAACAACUCAACGAGCUGGAGAGGCUUUUCGAUGAGACCCACUACCCGGACGCCUUCAUGCGCGAGGAGCUGAGCCAGCGGCUGGGGCUGUCGGAGGCCCGCGUGCAGGUUUGGUUUCAAAACCGAAGAGCUAAAUGUAGAAAACAAGAAAAUCAACUCCAUAAAGGUGUUCUGAUCGGGGCUGCCAGCCAGUUUGAAGCAUGUAGAGUUGCACCCUAUGUCAACGUAGGAGCCUUAAGGAUGCCCUUCCAACAGGAUAGUCAUUGCAACGUGACGCCCUUGUCCUUUCAGGUUCAGGCCCAGCUGCAGCUGGACAGCGCCGUGGCGCACGCGCACCACCACCUGCACCCGCACCUGGCCGCGCACGCGCCCUACAUGAUGUUCCCAGCGCCGCCCUUCGGACUGCCGCUGGCCACGCUGGCCGCAGACUCGGCGUCUGCCGCCUCGGUGGUGGCCGCCGCCGCCGCCGCCAAGACCACCAGCAAGAACUCCAGCAUCGCCGAUCUCAGACUGAAAGCCAAAAAGCACGCGGCCGCCCUGGGCCUGUGACGCCGCCGCGCGCGC